AUGCCUUCCCUCGAGAAUGCACUGCCGCAGCCCAAGAUCGAGCUCUACAGUGGAAAAUACUUUGCAGCUUGUGGUCUUGGUGGUAUAAUUGCCUGCGGCCCAACCCACACAGCCGUAACUCCUCUCGACCUCGUAAAAUGCCGACGCCAGGUCGACUCCAAACUCUACACGUCCAAUUUAUCCGCCUGGUCCAAAAUCUACCGCGCCGAAGGGCUUCGUGGAGUCUUCUUCGGUUGGUCACCCACAUUCGUUGGAUAUUGUUUCCAAGGAGGUGGAAAAUACGGAUUCUACGAAGUAUUCAAAUAUGUAUACGGAGAGAAAUUAUUUCCAAACGCGAAUAAAACGGCCAUCUUCUUAGGUGCUAGUGCUAGUGCCGAGUUUUUGGCUGAUAUGGCUCUUUGUCCUUUUGAGGCUAUCAAAGUGAGGAUGCAGACCACUUUACCGCCUUUUGCGAGUAGUCUGAGGGAAGGCAUGGGAAAGGUUAUUAAAGAAGAGGGAUAUGGAGGCCUCUACAAAGGUCUCUACCCUCUCUGGGGCCGUCAAAUCCCCUACACCAUGGUAAAGUUUGCCACCUUUGAAACCACCGUCAACAAAAUCUACUCCUACCUCUCUAAACCCAAAGACUCCUACUCCUCACUGCAACAAACCGGAGUUUCUUUCCUCGGAGGUUAUAUCGCCGGUAUUGGCUGCGCCGUGAUUUCUCACCCGGCAGAUGUGAUGGUAUCAAAACUUAACAGUGAUAGAAAAGCAGGAGAAGGAGCUGGAAAAGCCAUGACGAGAAUUUAUGGAAAUAUUGGGUUUCAGGGACUCUGGAAUGGUUUGCCGGUUAGGAUUGUGAUGAUUGGUACUUUGACGGCGUUUCAGUGGUUGAUUUAUGAUAGUUUCAAGGUGGCGUUGGGGUUGCCUACUACAGGGGGUCAUUAG